UUCGCUUACGCUACUUUCGCUCCAUCCUCCCAUCUGCUGGCGCUGGUCGCUAUCAGUCUCCAUAGACUCUUGUCUCUGCUUCCUCUGUCUUUCUUCUUCUUCUUUAUUUUCAGAACCAAAAAAAAGAAAAAAAAACUCCUCUUCAGUGCAGUCUUCUCUACAGAAUCAAAACCAGGCUGCUACUGAAACCCCUAUCUACAUUUCAUUUCUUGCGAACCUGAAUCCUUUCCUCUAUAAGACCCUAAAGGAGGAGGAUUGGCCUGCAAUUUCUCCGAUCCGGUUGUCUGCUCAAUGUUCAACACCGGGAGCAACUCUCCCCAUGGAAUUCCUCUUUCCAGCGGCGGUGGAGGAUUCUGGUGGGCAUUAGCAGCUCCUAACUCUACAACAGCUUUAGCCGUCACGGCCUUGGCUGGAAUCGCCGUUUUUGUCACUGUAUUCUGCGCGACCAGUUGGUAAUCAGUGAAGGGAAAAAAAAAAAAAUUCAGUUUCCUCCGCUUUGUGAGUGGGUGAGGAAGAGAGAAGUAGAAUUUCCAAUUCUUGUUCAUUCUUUUGGUUUUCUGGGAUUUCUGAGUAGUUGUGAGAAAAGUGAAGUAAAUGAAAGCUUUAAGACGAAGUCACACUUCGUCGUCGUCAUCAAAUUCGUCUUCUCCAUCAUUUUCAUCAUCAGGGUCGUCUUCGUGGAUUCACUUGCGUUCAGUUCUUUUAAUUGUUAAUUCUUCCUCAGCAGCUUCUUGUUCCUCUUCUGAUCGGGGCCAUCUUAAAUCACCAUGGUCUCGCAGGAUCAAAAAACAUGCCCUUACUCCACGCCAGUGGAGAAGAUUGUUCACAUCAGAUGGGAAACUCCAUGAUGGUGGAGUUAAAUUUUUGAAAAAAGUUCGCAGUGUAGGUGUAGAUCCGAGUAUUAGAGCAGAGGUUUGGCCAUUCCUCCUUGGAGUCUAUGACCUGAACAGUUCCAAAGAAGAAAGAGAUACUAUAAGGACUCAGAAAAGAAAGGAAUAUGAGAAACUCCGCAGACAGUGCCGCCUGCUCCUGAAACAUAGCAAUGAGAGCUUCAAGUUGAACGAGAGUAGCAAACCAAGCAUCAAUAUAGACAGCGGAAGUCUUGUUCAAUAUACAGAUUCUUCUAGUUUUGAGGAUGUGGUUAGUGCCAGGGAAUCCCUUUCCAGUGAGGAAAGGAGUCCAGAUGUUGAGUACUCUGAUGAUCCAUGUAUUACACUGUUGGAAGGUGAUGAUAGUUCAAGACAAAAAACAACAAACACUGAUGCAUCUGCACUAAACACUGAAUCAUCUGACUCAGACUCCUCUGAAGACCCUGAAGCUGUUAUACAGGCUUCCUCUUCUUCAGAAGGCCAGGAAAAGAAUGAACGUGAUGAGCCUUCCAAAGAGUUUAUUUCUCCUUCAAGGACAGAACUCCACUUAAGUGCACCUGCUGCUGAAAAUUUUGCUACAUGGCAGAGGAUCAUUCGUGUAGAUGCAGUGCGUGACAAUUCAGAAUGGAUACCUUACUUCCAAUCUUACGCUUCAGUAUCAGAGGAUAGAGCUUGCUGUUCUGCUGAAGCUGUUGGGUUAAAGGACUACGAACAUCUGGAACCCUGCCAAAUUUUCCAUGCUGCCCGAUUGGUUGCUAUUCUUGAAGCCUAUGCACUCUAUGACCCUGAAAUUGGCUAUUGUCAGGGCAUGAGUGAUCUACUUUCUCCGAUUGUUACUGUUAUUACAGAGGAUCAUGAAGCAUUCUGGUGUUUUGUUGGUUUCAUGAAGAAGGCUCGUCAUAAUUUUAGACUCGAUGAAGUGGGAAUUCGGAGACAAUUGAAUAUUGUUUCCAAGAUUAUCAAAUGCAAAGACUCGCACCUUUUCAGGCAUUUGGAGAAGCUUCAGGCUGAGGAUUGUUUUUUUGUUUAUAGGAUGGUGGUGGUGCUGUUCAGGAGGGAGUUGACUUUUGAACAGACAACUUGUCUCUGGGAGGUGAUGUGGGCAGAUCAGGCAGCCAUAAGAGCUGGCAUUGGCAAGUCAGCAUGGAGCAGGAUAAGGCAGCGAGCACCACCAACAGAUGAUUUGUUGCUUUAUGCUAUUGCAGCUUCAGUAUUGCAGAGGAGGAAAUUAAUUAUAGAGAAGUAUAACAGCAUGGAUGAAAUUUUAAGGGAGUGCAACAGCAUGGCUGGCCAACUCAAUGUAUGGAAGCUGCUAGACGAUGCACAUGACUUGGUGGUCAACCUGCAUGACAAGAUAGAGGCGUCUUUCUGAUGGCUGCAUUUCGAGCAUGUUCACUAACUCAUGCUAAUUCUUUUUCUUAAUGGGAUAAUUCAAGCCUUCUUAUUACAACUUGAAACAAGCACUACAGAGGCUAUCCAUUCUCAAUUAUGGUUACUACUCAAAUGAUAUAUUUCAGAAGAUUUGUUUAGGCUUGUUUGCACCUAAUUCUACCACGCUAUGGAUUACAGCACAGGUUCUCCAUAUUCACCACCAUAUCAUGUUAAACAGGUAGGGCAUGUAUCCCAGUAUACCAUGUUGGAUGAGAAAUAUUAAGAUGACAAUCUGAUUCUCAAAUUUUUUCCCCAGCCGUCUCUAGUAUUGGAUUCUGUGUAACUGGCUGUUGAUUGAAGCUAUUUAAUUAAAGCAGGAUUAGGUGCUUGUAGCUUCUUCUGGCAGCUAAAUAAGAUUUGUCUUGAAUAAUUUUAAUGCUGAAAUGUAGUGUAGUAAAUAGCAAUGCUAUAUUUUCUUGAA